AUGGAGGGCAAAGUCGUCUUUUACUUUUCUCUACAUAAAUUCAGAAUUUACCCCUUCCUCCUCUUUCGAGGACACCCCACUUCCGCGCCGCGGCGCCGCCCACUGCCGCCGAAUUCGCCGGCAGCGCCUUCGCCUCGUCCCCUCGCAGCUGCCGCAUCAGGCAGGGUCAGGGAGCAGCCAUGGAGCACGGUCGUGGAGGAUUCGAGCGCCUCGACGUUCUCCGUCAUGGAGGAGGACCGUACCCUCGCCAACUCCGUCAGAUUCUUUCUCAACCAGAACCGAAGGGUGGCAUUUUGUGGAUAUAGCAUCCCUCAUCCUGCUGAGAACAAGGUUAGCAUACGAGUUCAAACUACAGGUACUCUACAGUAGCAUAUAAUCCUGAAUUUUCCUUUCAUUUAAUAGUCACUGUAUAUUGAGCUCAAGUUGUUUAUGAAUACAUGCUUCACUUCAAAUAUGUCUUGUAUAAAGGUGUAAGAAACUAAGAAUUUCACACAACAUAUGCUUGUCUACUUUGUUUAAAUGUUAAAUAGAUCAGUGGCGCAUUGUUGUCUCAGGGUUGUCUACCGGUUCCUUGUAACCGUGCAGUUGUGAGAUUUUCGGAUCCGGUUUCUCUUAUAAACUAGGUCAAUUCUCUUCCUCUGUAAAAAUUUCGGCAAUACUUCGGAAAAAAAAUAGAUCAGUGGCCGUUUACUUGGGGCCUGGGCCCUGUUCUGGAUUUAAUGCUUUGUGAAUCGGAGGCUGAAACUACAUGAAAUGUUUUGAAAGGUGCGCCGCAGGACCUGAUGGUGAUGUGCCAACAUGUAAGGGGGACAUCUGACAAUGCAGUGGCUGAUUUUAGAGGGAAUAAACCUGCAAAAGGCAUGGACAUCGAUUUGAACAAAAAAUAGAAGCUUCCGGACGGUCCUUAGCUGAAUGGCACAAAAUGCUCAGAUGUUUUGUGUGCAACUGAGUUAUAAACUAGUCUAGUUGUAUGGGAUAUAGUCCUUAAACCCAAAGUAUGAAAUGGUAUUAACACCAGGGUACUUGGCGGCAUCAUUUGGGUUUCUUUGUCAAUGGAAAUUGGUGCACUCGAUCCUGUUUGGAGAAAAGUUUAAUCCAAUGCAAGCACCCUGCUAUUCUUAUUUGUGCUGUUCUGAAUUCAGUUAAUUGGAACUU